AUGUCAGCUCCGCAGAAACGGUCGAUCUCUGAGCGGACGGCGGAGAACGCAGCUGUACAGGUGGUGAGGACCUUCGCCACGCUCGGCGCAGUUGCUGCUGAACGCGAGCUGGUGAACGUCACGGCCAAACUCAAGGAGAACACGCAUUUGUUGUACGGCGUUAGCGCCAUCAUUGAGGACCCCAACUCGUGGGAGCUUGUGGCCGAUGUAAACAUGGUGCAGGCCUUGGUGAGGUUCGCGAAGGACGGCAACUUGCGUGGCCUUCUCCUCGGCGUGCAACCUGAUGCCGCGGCUCUGACCGUCGCCAAGCCAGCUGCCAGGGCGAGGAAGCUGCGCUCGUCGGCCAAGAGGGUGAAGCACCUUUACAUGGCGGACUACAUGGAGGCCGUGGUGCUCAAUGCCUUGCGGCGGCUCAACAAGCACGACCUGUUCAAUGCCGACCAGUCUGGCAACAUACCAGCAGCCGUCAGUAACACCGACCCCCUGAAGGUGCUGUGCUGGGCCCUCGACUGUGACCUGGAGAUGCUCUUGCCGCACACCUACCUGCAGGACCAGAAGGGCAUCUUGCUGGAUGACUUGGCCGACAUCUUCGUCAUCAGGGGCGAGUCGCGUGGGGAGAAGCUGAAGGACAUGGACCUGGCGAUGUUCACGAAGUCCGCUGGUUGGUACUCGAAGGACGAUGAGAAGAAGCUCAUUCAGUGCAGCAUCAACACCGACAAGGUCGUCAGUUUCGAUUUCGCCACGGCGUGCGAGGUGGACGACCGCUUCAGUCUGUCUGCUAACGCGUUGUGCCAGGUCGGGAACAGCACAAAGCUGCAGCUCCCGCUGAAGAGCCAGGUCGAGGACGCGGGAAUCGAAUUCAAGGUGGUGGACAACAAACCGUGGGAACUCAAGGGGAUGCCGCAUGCAACUCUCGCGCCACCAGAGUCUGGUGCGGCGUCCUGUGGCGGGAAGACGACAACGGGGGGGCAACGACAGCUGCCAAGAGGCAGAAGCUGGGCACUGCUGACGCGAUUGGCGGCGCGCUCAGGAGGCGCCUGA